AUGCCAAAAUCUUGCUCGCCUCCACCAGGAGGAGGGGAAGACAAGGUAGGCGAUUUGCAGGACGCGGGCGCCAAGGCGGACACACUCACCGGCAUCCACGCUGGGGAUACGUCCACGACAUUAGACGGAAGGGCAGACACACACCGAUCGGCACAGGGGUGGACGUAG